AUGACAGUAGAAGAAGCAGCCCAGGGCUACCUAUAUGAGCUCCUGGACAGAAGCCUGAUAGAAGUGGCUGUUAAAGCUGGCGAUGGAAGGAUCCAGGAUUGCCGUAUCCAUGAUUUUCUGCUGGAUAUUAUUACUUCAAAGUCGACUAACCAAGGCUUUGCAGAAACAGUGAUAGAAAAACAUUAUAAAUGGCCAGAUAAAGUUCGUCGCCUAUCAAUACAGAACAGCCUGCAAGCUACCCAACAGAAAAGGUCAUUGUCUCGACUACGUUCCUUAUAUCUGUUUGGGGUAGAGAGAUCUUCCAUGGAUGCUGCUCUAGGUAGUGAUAUGAGACUGCUCACUGUUUUGGACUUGCAAACAGCUUCUUUGACAAGGUUCCCAGCUCAAGUUGCCGAGUGGUGCUGCCUGAGAUAUCUAAGUUUCAGGUACAGCAAGGUGAGAACUGUUCCAUAUUCCAUAGGGAACCUUCAAAACCUAGAGACCCUAGACCUUAAACACACAUAUGUCACAGAAUUGCCAGUUGUGAUUUUGAAGCUUCGACAACUUCGUCAUCUACUCGUAUAUCAUUAUGCAAACAGAGCCUACUCAUGGUUUAAGUAUGGCUUCAAGUUCCCAGAUGGAAUAGGGACUCUACAGUCCCUACAAAAGCUCUGCUACAUAGAAGCAGGUAGUGAGAGAAACAGCAGCUUAAUGAGAGAGCUUGGAAAGUUGAAACAAUUGAAUAGGUUAGGCAUCGUGAAGUUGAGAAAAGAAGAUGCAAGGGAACUGUGCUUGUCCAUUGAAAAGUUGACCAAGCUUCAAGCAUUAUCUGUAAAUUCAGUGGAUGAAAAUGAGAUUAUUGAUCUACAACCCCUCUCUUCUCCACCUCCAUUUCUCCAGAGAGUCUACUUGACAGGACGUCUUGAGGCGUUACCAGAUUGGAUAUCAUCUCUUGAUAGCCUAAUGGUAUUGUAUCUGAGAUGUAGUCAGUUAAAGGAUAAUCCUCUGCCAUCUCUUGGGAAAUUGCCUAAUCUUGUGCAUCUCGCCUUGCUUCAGGCUUAUGAAGGAACCAAGCUGUGUUUCAAAGCCUACGACUUUAUGAAGCUAAGGUUUCUGAUCCUUGGUCCUUUUGACAAACUCAAAUGCGUGGAAGUGGAAAAGGGAUCCAUGCCUUGUCUUGAGGAGUUGAUUAUUGAGAGUUGUAAGUUAUUGAAGAAGCUUCCAUCCGGAAUUGAGCACCUGGAAAAGCUGAAAGUGAUGAAGUUUGUUGACAUGCCUGAUGAGUUUGUGAAGAAACUUAUGCCAGAUGGACAAGACGAUAUUUACCUGAAAGUGGCCCAUGUUCCAGAAGUAUAUUACGGUUGCCGGAGAGGUGGAGGAUGGGAAGUCGUGCUCACCAAGGCAUUUGUGUGA